CCGGCUGUCAAUGCAAAUGGUCAGACUGAGGAUCAAGCCAUGAGGCUCCAAUCUGAGUUCGCAGAUUAUGAGAGCAUUAGAUUUGGUCUUCUCCUAGUACUUCGAUUCACCAUCGAACCCAACGUUCAAAACCUAUAAUGGGAACUCGGUGCCCCAAAACCGCGUGGGAAACUCUCAAGAUGGAAUACUGCCCUACGCCUUGGAAAGUAGUCCAUGAACUUUUCGAGAAGCUGAUGAACAUGAAAUACAGAGAAAAUGGAAAUCAUCGUAUCUUCUUACGGCGUUUUCGAGAGCUUGUGCAGAAACUUAAGACGGAAACCAUCAUUCCUUCAUGGUUGGAAAUGUCCGCGUUUCUUCGAGCACUUUCAAACAGCCCCUCCCUACAUGCACUGAUGUACCAGAUCAGCACAUGGAAGGAUAUAGGCGCAAGCGAACUUUACCAAGCUUUCCAGCAAUUUGAAGGGAACCGCAAAGCAUUGAACGGUGGUAAACGAAUCCCCCGCCCUAAGCAUCGUGCUGGAAAAAAUCGUCGGAAAGCUUCAAUUCUCGAAGCAAGCACGGCACCUCACCUACAGGUCCCGGACCCUCAACCCUCGCAGCUCCCGUCCAGGUGACCAAGAGACCUCGCAGCAAACGAGUGGUUUCUGGAGCAAA